GAUCGCGCCAUGGCCUGGGCCCCUCUGCUCCUCGCGCUGCUCGCCCAUGGCUCAGGUUCCCUGGUCUAGGCAGCGCUGACUCAGCAGCCCUCAUCAGUGUCAGCAGAGAUAGGAGAGAAGGUCCAGAUCACCUGCUCUGGGGUUAGCAGCAGCAGCAGCUAUGGUGUUGGCUGGUACCAGCAGAAGGUACCUGGCAGUGCCCCUGUAACUGUGAUCUACGGUAGCACCAAUAGACCCUCGGACAUCCCUACGCGAUUCUCCGGAUCCAAGUCCGGUUCCACGGCCACAUUAACCAUCGAUGGGGUCCAAGCCGAGGAUGAGGCCGUCUAUUACUGUGGGAGCUAUGAAAGCAGCACUGAUGCUGUUGUUGUGAUGCAGAGAGAUGUGAAAGUGAGCUACAGAGAAGCGUCUCUGUCCUUCUCCUUCACUGGGGAGCUGGGCUGUUCCCUGGUCCAGGCAGCGCUGACUCAGGAGCCCUCAUCAGUGUCAGCAGAGAUAGGAGAGAAGGUCCAGAUCACCUGCUCCGGGCUUAGCAGCAGUGGCUAUGCUGUUGGCUGGUUCCAGCAGAAGGUACCUGGCAGUGCCCCUGUCACUGUGAUCUAUAGCAACAGCAAUAGACCCUCGGACAUCCCUUCGCGAUUCUCCGGAUCCAAGUCCGGCUCCACGGGCACGUUAACCAUCGAUGGGGUCCAAGCCGAGGACGAGGCCGUCUAUUACUGUGGUGGCUGGGACAGCAGCAGCAGCUAUGGUGUCUGGUUCCCGGGCCCAGGCAGCACUGACUCAGGCCCCAUCGCUGUCAGUGGAGCCAGGAAAGACCAUUCAGUGUCCAGAUCACCUGCUCCGGGCUUAGCAGCAGCAGCAGCAGCUAUGGUGUUGGCUGGUUCCAGCAGAAGAGGCACUUUAACCAUCACUGGGGUCCAAGCCGAGGACGAGGCCAUCUAUUACUGUGGGAGCUGGGACAGCAGCAGUGCUGAUCAGCGUCCUGGUGUCCCCAAGGUGGCCGUGGUUGGGUGCUCCUGGUUGACCAUCAACUGCCUGCCAUGCAUGGGGGCAGCAAUGCUAGUGGUGGGUGUGGAGGGUGUGGAAGAGACAGAGCUCCUGUUCUAUUGUGGCACUUGA